AUCUAGUCACAUGACAUCUAUUGUUCAUCUGGUCACAUGACAUCUAUUGUUCAUCUAGUCACAUGACAUCUAUUGUUCAUCUGGUCACAUGAAAUCUAUUGUUCAUCUGGUCACAUCUAUUGUUCAACUGGUCACAUGACAUCCAAUGUUCAUCUGGUCACAUCUAUUGUUCAUCUGGUCACAUGACAUCUAUUGUUCAUCUGGUCACAUGACAUCUAUUGUUCAUCUGGUCACAUGACAUCUAUUGUUCAUCUGGUCACAUGACAUCUAUUGUUCAUCUGGUCACAUGACAUCUAUUGUUCAUCUUGUCACAUGACAUCUAUUGUUCAUCUGGUCACGACAUCUAUUGUUCAUCUAGUCACAUCUAUUGUUCAUCGAGUCACAUGACAUCUAUUGUUCAUCUAGUCACAUCUAUUGUUCAUCUAGUCACAUGACAUCUAUUGUUCAUCUAGUCACAUCUAUUGAUCAUGUGGUCACAUGACAUCUAUUGUUCAUCUGGUCACAUGACAUCUAUUGUUCAUCUGGUCACAUGACAUAUAUUGUUCAUCUGGUCACAUGACAUCUAUUGUUCAUCUAGUCACAUGACAUCUAUUGUUCAUCUGCUCACAUGACAUCUAUUGUUCAUCUGGUCACAUGACAUCUAUUGUUCAUCUAGUCACAUGACAUCUAUUGUUCAUCUGGUCACAUGACAUCUAUUGUUCAUCUGGUCACAUGACAUCUAUUGUUCACCUGGUCACAUGACAUCUAUUGUUCAUCUAGUCACAUGACAUCUAUUGUUCAUCUGGUCACAUGACAUCUAUUGUUCAUCUGGUCACAUGACAUCUAUUGUUCAUCUGGUCACAUGACAUCUAUUGUUCAUCUUGUCAUAUGACAUCUAUUGUUCAUCUGGUCACAUGACAUCUAUUGUUCAUCUGGUCACAUGACAUCUAUUGUUCAUCUGGUCACAUGACAUCUAUUGUUCAUCUAGUCAUAUGACAUAUAUUGUUCAUCUGGUCACAUGACAUCUAUUGUUCAUCUGGUCACAUGACAUCUAUUGUUCAUCUGGUCACAUGACAUCUAUUGUUGUGUCCAUCCUGGAGAGGGAUCCUCCUCUCUUGCUCUCCUGAAGGGUUCUUCACUUUUCCCCCCUGAAUUUUGUUUGCUAUUUCUUGGGAAUUGUUCCUGAUCUGAUGUGAGGUCAAAGGUCAGGGAUGCCGUAUGUGUACAGAUUGUAAAGCCCUCUGAGGAUAAUGUGUAAUCUGUGAUAUUGGGCUAUACAAAAUCAACUGAAUUGAAUUUAACAAAGCUUGUGACCGGGUCACGUUUAAUGUUGUGACCAGCUGAACUCUUGGAGAGGUGUAAUAGAAAUAGCCUCUGCCAGUGAUAUCAGGAGCAAAUACAGUUUUCGUAUGAUUUUGAUCCUUCAGGAGAUAUUUAAUUCAUGGACGCAAGUUAAUCAUUACGAUACAAAUGCCAUUCAGGUAGGCUACACACCUGUUGAUGAGCAGUGGCUGAUCUCAAGUGUGCUGUUUGUUAUUUUAAAAGGCUUUGUCUAUAGGUAGUAGUUAUUCAUUUCCAACUUUACACCCACAAAUAUAAAUGAUAAAUCCCCAUUAGCUCCUUGUGGGAUACUUAUUGUAGCUACAUUAUUCUACCAAGUCGUUUCUGCUUAUGAUGGAUCUUGUGACGGCACGAGCACCCCCAGUGGCCAGAAAGGGGAACUCUCCGUCUGAAUCGAGUCCGUCACAAAAAAGACAAUCAACGUAAUUUCUCGCCACGGUGGCUGGCGACCUCACAUGUGACGUUCAUGAAUCAUCGGAAUACAGAGCUUUAAUAACGACAGCGUUUUGUCCCCUGAUAUAUCAGAUAUAACCCGAGUGAAAGAGGAACAACACGCAGCUGUAUCAAUGCCGAGUUAUCCGGAGCAAGAAUCAGCCACUACGGCUACUUUUUAAUUCAUAUAUGAAAGUGAAAUUGAGUGAAUCAGGAGCGGAUAUACAGCGAAGACUGAGUCGCUGUGUGUCGCCCAUUGUUCCGCCAUCAGGGUGAACACCACCCGGUUACCCGGCCUCUCUGGGUGGCCCCCGGGAGGAGGGCCGCACCUCCCGGAUCCCCAGCAGCGUUCAUGUGCGCGCCGCACUGGGACGUCGUGAUAUUUCUAACUGCACCUGAAGGCAGCGCGAGGCGGGGAGGUGGGGCGAGAAGUGGAGGCUGAGCAACAGCGAGAGGAGGGGGAAGAGCGCGAGACCCAGCCGCUCGCGCACAGUGGGCUUGUUUACCGUUUACUGUUUACAGCUCACGUUAACCGCCAGUGUGCGACAUUGGCGCAGCAGCAAACGGCUCAGAGGCAUGUCGCUCCCGGUCCGCCCGCAGCGGCUCUAACGGCUGCCCGGUUACCGACGGAACCUCCCCGCCUUCACCGCGCGGCAUGAUCCGCGGAUGACACUCUGCGGGUGAACGUGAGGGCGAAACCUCCCGCCGCUCGGGGGACCUGCUGCUCCCGGUUCUCUGCGAACCCACCGGGACCACCGGGCCGCCGCCAUGAAGUUCACGGAGCAUCUCUCGGCUCACAUCACGCCGGAGUGGAGGAAGCAGUACAUCCAGUAUGAGGCCUUCAAGGAGAUGCUGUACGCUGCUCAGGACCAGGCCCCGUCCAUUGAAGUCACCGACGAGGACACCGUGAAGAGGUACUACGCCAAGUUUGAGGAGAAGUUCUUCCAGACGUGUGAAAAAGAGCUGGCCAAGAUCAACACCUUCUACUCCGAGAAGCUGGCCGAGGCUCAGCGGCGGUUCGCCACGCUGCAGAACGAGCUGCAGUCGUCGCUGGACGCCCAGAGGGAGAGCUGGGCCAAUGGGCGGAGCCUGAGGCGGAGGAAGACGGUGUUCGCCCUGUCGCAGCAGGAGCGCUGCAAGCACCGCAACAUCAAGGACCUGCAGCUGGCCUUCUCCGAGUUCUACCUGAGCCUCAUCCUGCUGCAGAACUACCAGAACCUGAACUUCACGGGUUUCAGGAAGAUCCUGAAGAAGCAUGAUAAGAUCUUGGAGACGCCGCGGGGGGCCGACUGGAGGGUGCAGCAUGUUGAGGUGGCUCCGUUCUACACCUGCAAGAAGAUCACGCAGCUCAUCUCCGAGACAGAGGCGUUGGUCACCACCGAGUUGGAAGGAGGCGACAGGCAGAGGGCCAUGAAGAGGCUGAGGGUUCCUCCCCUGGGAGCUGCACAGCCUGCUCCUGCCUGGACCACCUUCAGAGUGGGGCUGUACUGCGGAGUGUUCCUGGUCCUCUUGGUCACGGUGGUCAUCACAGGGGCUGUGGUGAUUCGUAGUGCUGAUGUUUGGCCUAUGGUCAGGAUCUACAGAGGAGGCUUCCUGCUCAUAGAGUUCCUCUUCCUGUUGGGCAUCAACACCUACGGCUGGAGGCAGGCCGGAGUCAACCACGUGCUGAUCUUUGAGCUCAACCCCAGAAACAACCUGUCACACCAGCAUCUGUUUGAGAUUGCCGGCCUGCUGGGCGUGCUGUGGUGCGUCAGCCUGCUGUCCUGCCUCUUCAGCGACAGCAUCCUGGUGCCGAUGCAGGCCAACCCUCUGGCCCUCUACGGCCUCUUCCUCCUCUUCCUCAUCAACCCCUUCAAGACCUGCUACUACAAGUCACGCUUCUGGCUGCUCAAGCUCUUGUUCCGGGUGGUGACGGCUCCGUUUCACCACGUGGGCUUUGCGGACUUCUGGCUGGCGGACCAGUUGAACUCGCUGGUCGUGGCUCUGAUGGAUCUGGAGUACAUGAUCUGCUUCUACAGUUUUGAACUGGACUGGAAGAAACACGACGGACUCAUUAGCAGCGAAGGUAAAGACGUGUGUAACUCCUACUCCUACGGCGUCCGCGCCGUGAUCCAGUGUCUUCCUGCGUGGUUCCGGUUCGUCCAGUGUCUUCGGCGUUACCGCGACACCAAGCGGGCGUUCCCUCACCUGGUGAACGCCGGGAAAUACUCCACUUCCUUCUUCGUGGUCACCUUCGCUGCCCUGUACAGCACACACAAAGCCGAGGCCCACGCUGACGCCCAGAUCUUCCUGUACCUGUACAUCGGCUGCCUGGUGGUCAGCUCGUGUUACACGCUGGUCUGGGAUCUGAAGAUGGACUGGGGCCUGUUCGACCGCAACGCAGGAGAGAACACCUUCCUGAGGGAGGAGAUCGUGUACCCACAGAAGGCCUAUUACUACAGUGCCAUCGUGGAGGACGUGCUGCUGCGCUUCUCAUGGACUCUGACGCUCUCCCUGAGCACGCUCUCCGGGUUGCACGGCAUCUCUGACAUCCUGGCCACCAUCCUCGCCCCGAUGGAGGUCUUCAGACGAUUCGUAUGGAACUUCUUCCGGUUAGAGAACGAGCACCUGAACAACUGCGGUGAGUUCAGGGCCGUCAGGGACAUCAGCGUGGCGCCACUCAACGCCGAUGACCAGACACUGCUGGAGCAGAUGAUGGACCAGGAGGACGGAGUCCGGAACCGGCAGGGCAAGAAGAGCUGGAAGAGGAGCUACAGCAUGAGCCUACGCAGACCCCGCCUGGCCUCGCAGUCCAAGACCCGCGACACCAAGGUGUUGAUCGAGGACACUGAUGAUGACUCCUGACAUCAGGCCACGCCCAUCGCCUGGGUCCAGAAUCUAUUCAAAGGAGGAAACUCCGCCUCCUAACUGAGGAGCGACCCAGCGAGUUGGGCGUUGGACUCUCAACCACGGACCCGGUUCUCGCCGCUCAUGUAAUCCUUUCUCCAACGCAUGAGCCGCCUCGCGGGUUCAGACGGACUGAAGCACCUCAAGAGACUAACUUUCCCCUCUUGAGCCACCGCCCAGCAACAUGGCCAUUAAGCUCCUCCCCCUUCAACGAUAACCACGUGGGCUUAGCACCUCAACUCCUCGUCUGUUCCACCCACCAGCUGCCACCUAGAGGGGAACUCUGUCACUGCAGCCAUUGAGCUCUCCUGGUGGCGUCCAGCAUGAACCUGGCCCCUCCCCCACAGGAAGCUCCUCAGCGUCAUGGCAACGUCCACCUGCUGCUGAGGACCGCAGGGGACGGCCUUCAGGUGGUAGUGUCCGGCUCCGCCAGAGCUGAGAGGUGUGAGUCCACUUCCACCUGGACCUCAGGAUCUAGACUCUGAUCAGAGGAUGACAUGUGUCCUCCUCCUCUUCCUCCUCCACAACUUCUGAGGCCUCGUGCCUCCUCCUGACGCCUGACACCAUCACUCAGCCCGACACAUCACAGAGCUGCCUCCUGCACCGCACACACACACACACACAGACACAGAGACACACACACACAGAGACACAGAGACACACAGAGACACACACAGACACACAGACACAGAGACACACACACAGACACAG